CUCUUCCACACAACGACGUGAGUGUGUGUUCUCUCUCCCGACCUGUCACUGAAUGUUGUUACAUAAGAACAUAAUUUUUCAAACAAUUCCACUAACAUUGUACGGUCCGGACUGUAUCAUUCAUAUACGUGCAGUGUGUGUGUCGUGUGCUUGAAUUCAAUUUUUAUUGCGUGAAAUUACUUUUUAAUGUUUUGCAUUGAUCAUCCGACCCACUAACCGAAUAACAAUUCCAUUGACAUAAGCACAAGUAACACCGUCAACCGUUCGCCGUUGUGAGAAGAAGAAUCCGCUGUGUACCGAAUAAAUUGCAAAAAAAAUUCCCUGGCAGUCGUUAGCAGUGCAGUACACACACAAUGUUUCUUGCAAGUCGAUACGCUUUAUCACCCGCUACUAGUCUUCUCCGGGCCGCUGAACGAUCAAUUAGUACUGUGGUGCCGGAUCUAAAUCUGCCCGAUUUAACGUUAGUCAACGAACCAGUCCUCGGCUAUGCAAAAGGUUCGAAAGAACGAGCUGAACUCGAGGCUGCACUAAAGAAAACGGCCGACAAAUGCGAAGACAUUCCGAUUGUCAUUGGUGACGAGGAGAUUCGCACCAACGAUGUCAGGUGUCAGGUGAUGCCACACGAUCAUGCCAAAAAUGUGGCCGCAUUUUACUACGCCGACAAGAAACUGAUCCAGAAAGCCAUCAAUACGGCCGUGGACGCCCAAAAGAAAUGGGAUCGCACAACGCUGGAGGAACGGUUGCGCAUCUGGAAUCGAGCUGCAGAUUUGAUGGCCGGUCAGUAUCGACAGACAUUGAAUGCGGCCACCAUGUUGGGCCAAUCAAAGACUGUGAUACAGGCGGAAAUUGACUCGGCUGCCGAGCUGAUCGAUUUUAUUCGAAUGAACGCGUACUACCUGAAGGAGAAUGCCAAGUACAAGCCGAUUAGCGAACAGAUCAAGGUGACCAAGAAUUCGAUGCGAUACCGUGGCAUUGAUGGAUUCAUUGCCGCAGUCAGUCCAUUCAAUUUUACCGCAAUCGGUGGCAAUUUGGCCUACACUCCGGCACUGAUGGGCAACGCCGUUUUGUGGAAACCUUCCGACACAGCAAUGCUUUCCAAUUGGAUCAUUUUCAAGGUGAUGAGAGAGGCUGGUGUUCCGCCAGGUGUUGUCAAUUUCGUUCCUGCUGACGGUCCCGUAUUCGGUGACACAAUUGUGCAGUCGCCCCAUUUGGCAGGCAUCAACUUCACCGGCUCUGUUCCAACUUUCAAUCGACUGUGGCGUCAGGUUGGCGAGAACAUCUCGUCGUACAAAAACUUCCCUCGACUCAUCGGCGAAUGCGGUGGCAAGAACUAUCACUUUGUGCAUCCAUCGGCCGAUGUACAGAGCGUUGCAACCGGAACAAUCCGAGCAGCAUUCGAAUUUUGCGGUCAAAAGUGUUCCGCUUGUUCGCGAGCCUACAUUCCCGAAUCUAUGUGGCCGAAAUUGAAGCCCGAACUGUUGCGUCUACGUGACUCGCUGAAAAUUGGCGACGUAACCGACUUCUCGACAUUCACAUCGGCCGUCAUCGACGACAAGGCAUUCAAACGCAUCAAAUCGUACAUCGACCAUGCCAAGAGCUCGAAAUCUCUGGAAAUUAUCGGAGGCGGAAAAUGCGACGACAGCAAGGGAUAUUUCAUUGAGCCGACCAUUGUGUUGACCACCGAUCCGACCGACAAAAUUAUGACCGAAGAGAUAUUCGGUCCCGUAUUGGCUGUGUAUGUGUACAAGGAUGCCGAUGUGAAGAAAACCAUGGAAUUGGUCGGAAGCAGCACGGCAUUUGCACUGACCGGAGCUGUGUUCGCACAGGAUCAAAAGUUCCUCGAGUAUGCGCUGGAGGAAUUCCGAAUGACUGCCGGCAAUUUCUACGUGAAUGACAAGUCGACUGGUUCGGUGGUGGGACAACAACCAUUUGGCGGCGGUCGUAUGUCUGGUACAAACGACAAGGCUGGCGGACCACACUACUGUUUGCGAUGGUCGUCUCCGCAGUCCAUUAAGGAGACGUUCGUGCCCUUACGUGAUGUUGCUUACCCAUAUAUGGGUAACUAAGGACGAGUCGACGAAAGACAAUUCUUUUUCCUUUCUGUGCUGCUGAGCCAAUGCAAUUGGCUAGCAAAUGGCAAUUCAUCCGUUGCUUUUACGUUGUAUCGAUAGACAUUAAUUUUAACUGCUUAUGUGAGCACAGCUGCACAGGUUGCAAGUAUUUUUUUUUGUUGUUGUUGUAAUUCAGGUAAUUUUAAGAAUUUUUAUUUUCUCUGAUGUCGUUUGCUGUGUCGGGAGUAUAUUCUACGGCGGCGAACGAUUUCUCCACUCAGUUUUACUGUUAGCAUCGUUCGACGAGCGAGACAUCCGAAUCUCAUGUUCUAUGAACAAAUUACAAAGA